AUGAACGAAAGUUCAGUGGAGGUCACACACAACAAACAAGCAAGUGCAGUUGGUAAUUUACUUAGUGUGAGUGAAGACAAAGCAAGUAGCGUCGGAUAUAAUCGGUAUAAGUACACCACCAUGCAGGAAAGUAACCCGCAAAUGGCCAGCAUUCCUGAAGACGGCACACAUUCCAAUAGAUUUCCCGACAAUAUGGCAGUUCCUGUCGUUACCUCAGCUCCCAUCUCCAUCCCAGCGCCUGUUACACGAAACUGCAGCACAUUCGAUGGGAUGUCAGCCUCGCCAGCAUUUAGUCAGGGGUCGUUUAUGAUUCGGCGCUUCUCGUCACCAUCACUGAGCAGUAUGUGUUACAAAUGUGAAAGAAGUCCAAUAUCAUGCCACACAGUAUCAACACAGACACCUCAUGCAGAUAGUCACCUUAAUGUUGAUGAUAGGGAUAACAACAGUGAUGAAGAUCUUGAUUGUGACCUUGACGUCGGUGAAGAUGAUGAUGAUGAUGAUGAUGAUGAUGAUGAUGAUGUUUUACUUCCUAACGUUCCAGGAGACCGUUGGAGAUCAUUCUCAAUGUCCACCGAAUCAAGAUCUGUUUAUCCACUGCCUGAUUUACUAGAGUUCCGGAAUAGAUCGCAUUCUGAGGGAGAAGCUGCAAGACCAGAGAUUGAAGUUGGCAGAGAAUUGCGUCGCAUUAGUGAUGAAUUUCACCAUUCUUAUCAAGAAUGUAGGGUUAUUCGCUACGCUUCGGUUAACAGACCAGAUGAUGGUGAGAACUUCUUUUGGCGCAUAGUUGGCACCAUACGCCGGCGUGCUUCAUUCAGUCGUGGUAACUCUGUGUGA